UCCAUUUCACACAGCUCCCACAGUGCAUCAGCGUCUGCCACUUACACAUCCUGCAUGCAGAGAUUCAGCUUUACUCAGCCACAUCAGCACGAAGAUAAAGCCUCAGAAAAGGGUGUGUGUUCUCAUCAGUGUGUGUAUAUAAGGAGGAGUGUGAGGAAAUGAGCGGGCCACUCCAGUGUACACACACUCUUGCACACACUCUCCUUUUGAAGACAUUCUGGUACCAUGGCAUUUAACGGAACAUGGAAAGUGGACCGCAGUGAGAACUAUGACAAGUUCAUGGAGCAAAUGGGCAUUAAUCUGGUGAAGAGGAAACUCGCGGCCCAUGAUAACCUGAAGAUUACACUGGAACAGGAUGGAGAUAAGUUCCAUGUGAAGGAGGUCAGCACCUUCCGCACACUGGAGCUGGCCUUUACUCUGGGAGUCACAUUCGAGUACUCACUCGCUGACGGAACCGAGCUCUCUGGCUCCUGGGUGAUGGAGGGUGAUGCUUUGAAGGGAAGCUUUGUCCGUAAAGACAACGGCAAAACUCUGACGACUGUCAGGAACAUUGUGGGGGAUGAACUCGUACAGAGCUACAGCUAUGAAGGCGUGGAGGCAAAGAGGAUUUUCAAGAGGGCAUAAACACGUCAGAACCACGUCCUGUCAGAAACCUGCCCAGUUUUAUUCCAUCAUCACCUGCGACAGUGCUCCACCCUCUCUCUCACACACACACACACACACUCACUCUCCCGGGCAUUUGCUCUUUAUUCCCUGCUCAUUCUCAUAUUUAUGGAAAUAAAGUCACUUUUCAGAUGUG